GGAACAGCGUGCAGGAAGGAACUCGGCAAACCACGGUGGUAACAUGAAACCAACAUGGCUGACUUGCUUCUGGCGUCCUGCUCCCUCUUGAUUGUGAGAGGUUGGCUCCAUAUUCCAGUGACUGCUCAACAGACAGAGCUUGGGUGACAUCUCUAAGAUCAUUGUAAGGAAGCAGAUUGCCAGGAUUUCCCCCCUGUGGCUGCCUGACUGCUGCUGAGCUACCCCUCCCAGCCCAUGUGGCUCUCCCCAUGCUCCAAGAGUGCAACUGGUGCCCAACGCAAUGUGUGUUUGUCAAACCAUGGAAGUGGGCAAGUAUGGCAAGAAUGCCACUCGAUCUGGAGACCGGGGGGUCCUGCUGGAGCCUUUCAUUCACCAGGUGGGCGGCCACAGCAGCAUGAUGCGCUAUGACGACCAUACUGUCUGCAAGCCCCUCAUUACCAGAGAACAGCGCUUCUAUGAAUCUCUGCCCCCAGAAAUGAAGGAGUUCACACCUGAAUACAAAGGUGUGGUAUCUGUCUGUUUUGAGGGAGACAGUGAUGGCUACAUUAACCUGGUGGCCUAUCCCUAUGUGGAGAACGAGGCUCUGGAGCAGGAUGAUAUGCCAGAGAGGGACCAGCCACGACGCAAGCACUCGCGUCGGAGCCUUCACAGAUCAAGCAGCAGCACUGAGCACAAGGAGGAAAAACCCGGCCUGGCCAGUGACAGCAGUGAAAGCAGCAUCCAGGAAACGAAGAGUCCCAGGGUGGACUUGCACAUCCAUUCAGAUGUUCCAUUUCAGAUGUUGGAUGGGAACAGCGGUCUGAGCUCUGAAAAGAUCAGCUAUAACCCCUGGAGCCUGCGCUGUCAUAAGCAGCAGCUGAGCCGCAUGCGGUCAGAAUCCAAGGACCGAAAACUCUACAAGUUCCUUUUGCUGGAGAACGUGGUGCAUCACUUCAAACUUCCCUGCGUACUUGAUCUGAAAAUGGGGACCAGACAGCACGGAGACGAUGCAUCUGAGGAGAAGGCUGCUCGGCAGAUGAAGAAGUGUGAACAGAGCACUUCCGCCACCUUGGGCGUGCGUGUGUGUGGGAUGCAGGUCUAUCAGCUGGACACAGGGCAUUACUUAUGCAGGAAUAAAUACUAUGGACGUGGUCUUUCCAUUGAGGGCUUCCGCAAUGCCCUCUACCAGUAUCUCCACAACGGCAUUGAGCUGCGCAAGGACCUCUUUGAGCCUGUCCUCGCCAAACUGCGAAGCCUGAAGGCAGUUUUGGAGAGACAGGCCUCCUACCGCUUCUACUCCAGCUCCCUUCUCAUCAUUUACGAUGGGAAGGACAGCAGGGCAGGUAUGUUUGUGGAGCGCCGGCCGGAGAUGCGCCUGAAGCGGGUGGACAGCUCUCUCCCAGAGAGCCUUCAGGAUGGCGGCAGCACGGAGCCUGGCUCCUCGGCCCAGCCCAAGGUGGAUGUGCGUAUGAUUGACUUUGCACACAGCACGUUCAAAGGCUUUCGCGAUGACCCCACUGUGCAUGACGGACCCGACAUGGGUUAUGUGUUCGGGCUGGAAAGCCUCAUCAACAUCAUGGAACAGAUGCGUGAGGAAAACCAGUAGCCCCGGGCUACGGCCUCUUCUUUUUGUCCUGGUGGCAGAAGCAGACAAGACCACCUACUACCACAGGAAAAAGCAGACAACUUUGGUUUUAAACAAUUGUAUUGCUCCAUUGUUUUUAAAUGUACUUGGAUAGAAGAGCUGAGGGGAGGCAGGAUGGAAGAGCUCCUCAUGCCGCCCAGAUGGUUCUGACCACGCUAGCUCUGCCUUCUGGAGGAGGCUCCGUAGACGCCUGCUGGGUGUUGGGUGUCCCGGUUCUUCGCUCGUCGCGUGUGCGUGCUGGAGGGAGGACCUGGACGUAGGGGAGAGAAAGCAGAAGAGCACAGGGCUCUUUAGGGGGCUGGAGCUGUGGUGUGAGGAGCCUCCUGCCUCAGGAGCCCCCGGGAGAGCCUUUCCUUUGAAAUUCUCCUGGGUUAUUUGGAAAGGGCACUCGACUAACAGUUGGCAGCGUCUGUGGGGCUGACGGUGAGCAGCACAGGUGCUGGUCCGUGCAUUCGGUGUCACUAGCUCUGCCCUGGGUUUUGCUGAUUGGGCUUUGCUUUUGAUGCUGCCUUUUUUCUGCUGUUUGGGCACUGUGAAUAACCAACCCAAACACAGAAAUAAAAUGACCAAAUGCAACCCCUGGCAGAGCUGUGGCCAGGAGGGAAUGUCGCACACCUGGAGUUGUGCUCGAGCCUGGGGCCUGCUCGCUCCCCCACGGGGUGGCACGGGCAGGCCCAUGUACAGGCAGGCACGGGGCUCUGUGAGAGUAACUCUGCCUUGGACCACUGACCAAGCAAGAACUCGGCUCGUGGGCUAGCAAUAGUAUCUGUAGCAGUUAACGCAACCCCAGCGGGGCGUUUUGGACCAUUUCAACCCUUCCUGUUGUGUAAUGUUGGUCCCACAGGUUGUACCGCGAGUAUCUCCCUCCUGCCGUCGGGCCCUGGGGGCUGCAGCACGAGGCCGCCCUCUUCCUCCGGCGGGGCCCUCUGCCCUGCAGCCCCUGCUCUUCCGGCAGGUCCGUACAUGGGGAUGGUGGAAGGGGAGGCCAAGGGUUAGGGCUAACUCCUGUUCUCCCUGGGGGUCUCCAGGGGAGCAGGUGUGGGGGGGCCUGGCUGAGCGGUGAGUGCCGUCGCCUGACUGUUUAGCUUUGCUUCACAGAGUGAAAGAAAAAUGAUCUGUUUGUGGAUGAAACAGCCAGCUGGGAUGUGCUCUGCUGCCUGGGCUCCCUCCCAGAGCUGGUGCUUUACCCGUGGCUUCCCUGGAUGAGGGCAUUAAUGUUUGAUACUGUGGCCUGGUGGUACCGAACCAUACCCUGCUCAGCAUCACCCCCUCUGUGUUUCUGUGCUGGGACCCCCAGUUGCUCCUUCCCCGGUGUCACUGACUUGUUCCAUGGCGUUACCAUUACCCUGACUGGCUGAGAAACUGCCUGGAUACCUGCAAGGCCAGGGUUGGGGUUUUUCAUUUUUUUUUUUUUUUUUUUUUUUUUUUUACUUCAGGAAAGCUUGUUUGGGGAAUACUCGCAUGUAGCAUGUGUGCCGACUCUGUGUGUGCACGGUCUGCUUGGAAAGUGUUGGUGCUCGGCUGGCGGCCGGCCGUAGCUGCCGCCACGGGUGCAGGUCUGCGGCACUGAGUGUGGAAGGGGGCAGGGGAAGUGCUGGCUUCUGUCCCAAAUCGCACCUCUCUCUCUCUCUGCCUGUCUCCCAGCUACUCAAAAGCUUGCCCAAGCCACUGCUCCCCUCCAGCUCUCUGGACGAGGACCUUCAUUCACGCUGCUCUCCCCUGCCCUGGGUUACUACUUCAUCGCUUCUGCGACUCGCUGCCCCGCCAGGCAGGGCUCACGGGAUUUUCAGGGAACAGGUUUGCAGGAGGGAGGGAGGCUUGUUAGAGCAGCUGGCGUAGCGGGCGGUCUGGGUACCGAGAACGGCCGCGUUUCCCUCACAGCGUGUUUUGUGCAUGUCCUUGUCCCCGGUGGGCUGCGCUCGGGCAGCCCCAGGGCCGUUCCUCCUGGGGGAGCACCUCUGCAUCCCCCCAGCCCCGACUCCUGCCGUUCCCCUUCCUCGCUAGGCCAGGCACGGGCAGGGGCGAGGUGCGAUUGAUGGGGUGCGCUGCCUGUGCCCCGUGGGAGCUGCCUCUCCCCUUCCAUUUGGAUCACCGCGGUGGGACUCCACAGCUUGUACAUAGCCUCAACACCCCCCCACCCCCCCUCUGUUUUUACAUGAAUAAUCACCCUGUUUGUGCUUCACAGAACACCAAAAACCAUUAAAGGAUCUGUU